AUCGGGUUUAUAACCAUUAUGGACGGCCUGAUCAAGACAGAUGAUUUGCGUCAUCUUAGAGAGGACGAAUUGUUUGUCGAUGCUGAGACUGGUCAGAAGUAUCGAGUGCGUAAAACUCUUUUACCAGCUCAUUCUGUUGGAGGACCACAUGGAGUUGGAGAUCCAAAUGAUCGGUCAUUACGUCGAGUGGAAGCAGAUGUUUUAAUACCAAAUAUGAUGAAUGAAAGAAUUCAAAGAGUUGAAUGUCGUGAACCACUUCAAAGUUCGAAUCUUUUUUGUUUUACCUCUUGUCAUAAUUUUCAUAUAAAAGUUUCAGACCUAGCAGAAUGUUUGAAAAGAGAAGGUAGCUUCCUUGGGUUAAGAAAAUGUCAAAAUCAGUUGAAUCGAUACGAAGAAUGUCAGCUUGCGUUAUUUAAUGAUCCGUGGUUUCGUCAACAAAUUACUGAUGAAUACGUAAAGGAACGAGCAGAAUAUCGUCGUACAGGAAAAAAUGAGAAGGAAAGACAGUGGGAACGAUACUGCGAAUAUAAGAGAAGACGCGGUGACUGGCCUGAAAUCGCUAGUGAUAGCAAUUCAUAUGCUUUUUUACAUCUAAUUAAUCACAUUUCAGGCAUGAUGGAUGUAAAUUGGUGUCAUCUUUGUAUGGUGCAGUUGUCAUCAAAAUCUUUGUUAAGUGUACAUAAUAGCGGUAAACGUCAUCAAAAGAAGGUUGAAGAAUAUGAAAAUUUGUGUGCCUUGUCUGCUCGUUCAAUUUUUAUAUCUGAAUUAGAUCCGGAAUUGAACGUGACUGAGUCUGAGAUAUCAGAAGCUUUGAGUUGCUUUGGCAAAGUGGAACAAGUUCGUUUGGAUAAAAAAAAGGGCAAAUUUGCUAUUGUAGAGUUUGAUCAAGAAUUUGCAGCACAAAGAGCUAUUUUUGAAGAUAAAGUUCGCAUUGGACGUCAAGUUGUGCCAGUUCGGGCACGCAAAAUCGAUUUUGAUUAUUCCAAGUUGAAACGCGAAACACAUAUGCUUGAUAUCGAUAAACUCAAAAAUCACUUAAAUCAGUUCCCUACAUUUGAAGAUCAAGUUUAUGCGUUAUUGCAGCUCUGUUGCCUUAGUGAUGCCCAGUGCAAAGAACGUGAAGACUGCGCCAAAAUACUUACAGAGGUUUUGAAGGAUUAUUUCACGUCUGGCAUGCAUGUCCGUAUUUUUGGCUCUUCUGUAACUUCUUUAGGCAUCAAAAAUUCAGAUAUUGACGCAACUUUGUUCUUCAACAAACCCCUUGUGAAGCAAUAUUCUGCUGGAGAUUUAGAAAGGAAUAAGUAUAUGUUAAUGACGUGUGACAUCAGCACCAUUAAGGCGCGUAAAAUUUGUCCAGAGGAAUACGCAAGACUUAGUCCUGCAGAUCGUGUACGUUUAUUGAAUAAAAUAAUUAACGAUAUCCGUAAAUGUUCCACUGCACCAAUCAUUAGUCAGUAUCCUAUUCUUAAUACCCGUUGUCCUCUUGUACGAUUCAUCUUCGAUCGAAAGCAUGUAGUAGAUUUGUCUGUAGACAAUCAUCUUGGCUAUGCAAAAUGUGAUUGGCUUAAACAUAUUGCUCACUCUGAUUCUUCACAGCUUAUUCGAAAGUUUCUUGUGUCAUUCAGAAUAUGGGCUCAUGCAAAUGGUCUUUUAGAAGCUGGUGAAAAAGAGAGAUCAUACUUUAACGCUUAUAUUCUGAAUUUGUUAUGCAUAACUUUUCUGCAACUUCAUGAUUAUAUACCUCCCCUUCAACGUUCUCGGCAAGAAAUGAUCGUAAAUGAGUGGAGAAUUGAUUUCGUUGUUGACAGUGUAGACUUGCGCUUUUUGUCACUAAAACAUUUAUUCAGGGAGUUUUUUAUAUGGUUUGUCCACCUUAAGUUGAAAGAUAUUAUUUUAUGCCCAAAUAUUGGCACUGCCGUUACAUUUGAGCAGUUUCGACAAUUAUAUCCAGAAAAUAACGUCCGGAAUACUUUUAAGUUCGCGUAUUUAAACAUACAAGACCCACUUGAAUUGUCACAUAAUGUGUCAAUGUUGGUUUCGGAAAAACAUGUCGCAAUGAUGCGCCGUCAAAUGCAGUUUGCUUUGUCGCGGAUCAAAAUAAAGCCGGAUUCAUUUACUGCACUUUUAUGUGAUAUUCGUGGUUCUGAAUCUAUGUCUUCCUCAGGUUAUAAGCUUUUUACUUCACUCUGGAUGAAACAAAAUUCGACAGUAGUUCGAGUCAAAGGCUAUGACAUAGACAAGUUCUUGAAUUUCAUCGAUCAUAUAUUUGUGGAUUUGUUGGCAUUCGUGCCAGCUGUGGGACCCAUUCAGAAAAAACCACGAUUUGAAUAUUGCCAUGAGGUCUCAGGGACAUGUGAUCCAGGCGAUGAAAUCGAACGAAUUUUUGUAGUUAAAAAGUGUGUUUGGGAGGGUAGAAGAUGUGUACGACGGCAGAUGAUACGACAGCAUCCUGAAUUAUCAAGCGAUGCAGCAGCUUUAGAAAAAGCAGUAAGUGAUCACAUUUAA